AUGGGUAACAAGACAUCUACAUUAUCUAAAAACGAUUUAACGAGUUUGAAGCAAUCGACAUAUUUCGAUCGUAGGGAGAUUCAACAAUGGCACAAGGGUUUUCUACGGGACUGCCCAAAUGGACAGUUAACCAGAGAAGAGUUCAUUAAAAUAUACAAGCAGUUUUUCCCCUUUGGAUCACCGGAUGAGUUUGCCACGCAUGUGUUCAGUGUGUUUGAUAGAGAUAAUAAUGGGUCUAUUGACUUCAAAGAAUUCAUAACGGCAUUGAGUACCACUUCUAGAGGUUCACUUGAGGAGAAGUUAGUUUGGGCAUUCCAGUUGUAUGACUUGAACCACGACGGCGUGAUUACAUACCAGGAAAUGUUGACCAUAGUAUCAAGUAUCUAUAAAAUGAUUGGAAAUAUGGUAAAACUCAGCGAUGAUGAGGCUACACCAGAACUUAGGGUUGAAAAGAUAUUCAGACUGAUGGACAAAGACAAGGAUGGCCAAAUUACACUAGAUGAAUUUAGGGACGGAUCGAAAAUCGAUCCCUCAAUCGUCGGUGCGCUUAAUCUAUAUGACGGGUUGGUGUGA